ACGAAUAUGUGGACUGAACACAAAGGCGAGUUUUAGGGCAGAAACAGAGCAGGACUCACAGACCAGCUCAGACUUUUCUUUUACUUUGUGAUGGAUCAUGCGGCUGUUUUUUACCAGGAGCUGCCGAAAGUGGAGCUUCAUGCUCACCUCAACGGCUCUGUCAGCUUCCAAACCAUCGAGAAGCUCAUCAGCCGGAAACCGCAACUAAACAUUGAACACAGCAUGACGGCCAUCGGCAAAGGACAGAGGAGGACUCUGGACGAGUGUUUUGAGGUCUUUAAGGUUAUCCACAAGUUGGUGGACACAGAGGAAGAUAUCCUGAUGGUGGCUACAGAUGUUAUCAAGGAGUUUGCAGCUGAUGGUGUCAAAUAUUUAGAGCUAAGAAGUACACCAAGGGAAGAGAAAGACACAGGAUUGACAAAGAAGAAUUAUAUUGAAACGGUCAUUAAAGCCAUUCAGCAGUGUAAAAAUGAGGGAGUGGACAUUGAUGUCAGGUUUCUGGUGGCAAUUGACCGUAGGAAUGGGACUGAAGUUGCCAUGGAGACGGUGAAGUUGGCAGAGGACUUUAUGCUUUCGUCUGAUGGUUUGGUGGUGGGACUCGACCUCAGUGGAGAUCCAACGGUGGGCAAUGGCAAAUACCUCCUACCUGCCCUAGAGAAGGGCAAAAACUGUGGACUGAAGUUGUCACUGCACCUUUCAGAAGUUCCAUCCCAGCUGGAGGAGUCAGAUUUGCUGUUGAAUCUUCCUCCAGACCGAAUUGGUCACGGCACCUUUUUACAUCCUGAAGUUGGUGGAUCUCAAAGCCUUGUUGACAAAGUGGUGAAAAACAACAUACCUCUGGAGCUGUGCCUGACAUCAAAUGUCAAAGGACAAACUGUGCCUUGUUACUCCCAACAUCACUUCAACUACUGGUACCAGCUGGGACACCCGAGUGUAAUUUGUACCGACGAUAAAGGAGUCUUUUGUACGGAUUUGUCUCAAGAGUAUCAGCUGGCAGCUUCCACAUUUGGUCUCAGUAAGGAAGACAUAUGGAAGCUAUCCCAGCAGGCCAUAGACUGCAUCUUCGCACCAGAGGAUGUGAAACAGCAGCUCAAACACAAGUGGAAGGAGUUAUAUCCUCAGGUGUUUAAGUGAUCUGUGCAGUGAAGCUUGAAGUCUGUCAUAUACCUCAGGUUUUUAUUUCAUAAAAAGAAUCAGUUUACAUGAAGCUUUUUAAAGUAUUUAUAAAAAGAAUGACAAACUGAACUCUAAAAGUGAAUUGUUUGACAUAAGUAAAUUAUACUUAUUUAGCA